UGCUAGGCAACCAAGGGGGUAAACAAGCGCGAGCUGCAUCUCAGUCGUUUGAAAGCGUGACAUGUUAGAAACAUUUUAGCAUUUCUUGUGAGCAAUUAAUAAUUUUGCCAAAUAACGAUUGGCGCUUGUUAUAUCGCCAGCUCUCUUAGAUACAUAGAACUUUUCAAAUGGCCUCCAAGAAGAAAGAAGCAAGUUUACAGGCAUCUGUCACAAACCAAGAGCAGUGGGAGGAGAUGCUGGCAACCAAAGGUUUAACAGUUGUGGACGUGUACCAACAGUGGUGUGGUCCCUGCCGAGCUGUUGUUAGUCUCCUGAGGAAAAUAAAGAAUGAACUGGGUGACGAUCUUCUACAUUUUGCCACAGCUGAGGCAGACAGCAUUGAUGCACUAGAGAGGUAUCGAGGGAAAUGUGAGCCCACCUUCCUCUUCUAUGGGGGUGGGGAGCUGGUGGCUGUGCUGCGAGGGGCCAACGCUCCUCUCCUUCAGAGGAUGAUAGUAGAAGAACUGGCCAAGGAGAAAUUAGUCCUGGAGCAAGGUGGUGAACGCAAAGCGGUGAAAGAUGAUGGUCUGGUGGAUGAUGACAAAGCAGAAGAGGAGGAGACCCUUCCGCAGUCAGAGAACAAAGAAAGCAUUAUUGUUCCUGCCAGUAAAUCCUACACAGUUGCCAUCAUCAAACCAGAUGCCGUUGCUCAUGGCAAGGCAAAUGAGAUCAUUAUGAAGAUACAGGAUGCUGGGUUUGAGAUCCUCGCCCACGAAGAACGCACACUGACUGAGGUUGAGGCCCGAGACUUUUACCAGCACAAAGCAGCAGAGGUUGACUUUGAAGACUUGGUGCAGUUUAUGUCCAGUGGUCUGUCCCACAUCCUGGUACUCUCUCAGGUUGAGGACUCCACUAAUGUUGUAGCAGCAUGGCGUGAGUUCAUUGGCCCUGCAGAUAUUGAGGAAGCCAGAAGAGAGAAGCCAGAAAGACACACCCAAACAUUAUGCUUCUCUCUGGUCGAGCACCAGCCGAGCAACCAUCUGCUCUCCUCUCCUGUCUCCCCCCUGGCUUCCUGCAGCUUGCGGGCACAAUACGGCACACAGGCACUGUUCAACGCAGUGCACGGUAGUGAGGACAUCGACCAGGCCGGCAGGGAGCUCGCCUUCCUCUUCCCCAACUUUAGGACAGCGUCAGUGACGGAGCAGGAUGGGGAGGAAGAGCGUGUGGAGAGAACACUGGCUCUUAUCCGGCCCAACGUUGCCAGAGAGAACAGAGAAGAGAUCCUGGCCAAAAUCCAUGAGUCAGGCUUCACGGUGGCUCUGCAAAGAGAAGAGAUGUUAACAGAGAAGCAGGUCAGACAGUUUUACUUCCAACACGUCGAGGAGGACUUCUUCCCUGCUCUGCUUCAAAACAUGACCAGUGGGCCAGUGCUCGCUAUGACUCUUGCCAGGAUAGAGGCUGUUGAACACUGGAACAACAUCCUGGGUCCUUCUGAUGUGAAUAAAGCCAGAGAGGAGAGUCCUGAAAGUCUUAGGGCUCAGUUUGCUGUCGAGAACGAGCCAAUCAACCCACUACACGGCAGUGCAAGCCAUGACGAAGCAGAGCGGGAGAUCAACUUCUUCUUCCCCAAGCAGCAAACGCUGGCGAUGAUCAAACCUGAUGCCAUGAUGGAACACAAAGAGAAGAUCUGGGAGGAGAUCCAUGCCAAUGGUUUCUCUGUAAUGCAGCAGAAGGAGACGGUGCUGUCGAGGGAGACGGCUGAGGAGUUUUACAAAGAGCACAGAGAGAAGCUUUUCUUCAGCCAAUUGGUUGAAUUCAUGUGUAGCGGGCCAUGUGUGAUGCUCAUCCUGAAGAAGGAAAAUGCAGUGGAGGACUGGAGGGCCAUGUUGGGUCCCACAGACCCUGACCAAGCUAAGGAGACAUCCCCAGAUUCUCUAAGGGCCCGCUUUGGGUCAGAUAUUCUCCACAACUCAGUCCACGGCAGCUCCACUGAAAAGCAUGCAGAGGAGGAGAUACGAUUUAUCUUUGGUGACAUCAGCUCAGAAGCAGAGCUUGCCGGUGAUGGAGAGACUGUCACAACGGUUUUAGCAAAAGAUAAAGACAGCUCUGCUUAUGAAAACUCAGGAAUGUCAAAAUCUCCAACUGGAGGAAUGUCUGAUAACAAACAACACAAUGGUGACCCAUAAAGUCUAAAUAAUGGAAGCCCACAACCUGGAGGAGGAGGUGACGACCCUGAGACCUCAAACUGAAUCAGUCCCCACGCUCAGUAGUUUUUCCUGUAUUGUAGAGAAAUUCUGAAAAACACACCAUACCCGUCAUCCUAUGAAUCAUAAAAUAAAAAGAUAUAUUUUGUGUUUA